AUGGCACUGCUGCCGGCGCGCGGCAAGCUGCCCGUUUCCUCCCCCAGCGCUGCAUCGCCGGAGACGCCGCGCUACGCACCAGAAGCCUCCAAGCUGACAUUUAGCUCCUGCGCUCCAGGGGGGCACAGCGCCAACAGUGUUCCGGGCGGGCUGUUUCCGCCCCGCCUCCUCCGCCAGACCCGGGCACCGAUUGGCCCGAAUGUUGAGCCCUUCUGGCCCGGCUUGUUUGCAAAGGCCCUGGCCAACGUUAACAUUGGGAGCCUCAUCUCCAAUGUAGGAGCUGGUGGACCCGCCCCAGCAGCUGGUGCUGCGCCAGCAGGAGGUCCUGCUCCUUCUACCACUGCUGCCCCAGCUGAGGAGAAGAAAGUGGAAGCAAAGAAAGAAGAAUCUGAGGAGUCUGAUGAUGACAUGGGCCAGACUAAGCACCAGCCAGAUGCUUAGUCUUUUUGACUAAACUGCUUGUGUAAGCUGCUCAAUAAAAAGCUGAACUCUUGGUUGC